AUGUCGAACCAAGUUCCCGAAUCUUGGGAAGAUGAGCUUUCCCAACAGGCCCAGGGCGUCAACCUGAACGCACAGUCUCGCCCUCAAGCCCAGGCGCCCACAUUCACACCUGGAGCCGCCUCUUUCACCCCCGGAGCCUCCUCCUUCGUUCCAGGACAGCAAUACCAGCAGUACUCUGGAUACCCCCAGCAGGGCUACCCCCAGUACGGCCAGCAACAGGCUUACGGCGGAUACCAACAGCAGGCUUACGGCCAGUACAACGCAUACGCCCAGCAGCCCGGUGGCUUCAACCAGUACAACAAUGGACAGCAGCAAUACGGCGCUUACCAACAGCAGCAACCCCAGAAUGCGCCUGUAGCCGCGCAGCAACCCGCCGCAUCUGCCCCCAAGCCCGCAUCGAGCGCCGCCCCGCCCAAGGCCAAGGUUCUGUCCAUCGGUGCUACCUCAUCCACCGCCGCCCCCAAGACCAAGGUUCUCUCGAUUGGCACCCCUACCCCCGCUGCGAAGCCUGCUGAAGCCAAGGAGUCCAAGGGUGACACCAAGGGCCCUGCUGCUGCCGAGGCUGGUGCCAAGGCCGUGGCCACCAAGGGUCUUGAUAAGUCAGAGAAGGCUGCUGCCAGCGGCAAGUCUUCUCCCACACCAUCCUCUGGCCGCUCCAGCCCCGGGCGGUCUAGCCCUGCUCGCGGUGAAUCUGCCAAGCAAGCUCGCGAGGCCAAUGCUGUCGCGAAGUCUCAACAGGCCGAUGUCGAUGACGCAACCUUGAAGGAAAUCUACGGUGAGAGGAGAGAACACGUCAACGUUGUGUUCAUCGGUCACGUCGAUGCUGGAAAGUCUACCCUUGGUGGCUCUCUCUUGCAUGCCACUGGUAUGGUUGAUGAGCGCACUCUCGAUAAAUACAAGAAGGAGGCUAAGGAGGCCGGUCGUGAAACUUGGUACCUCUCGUGGGCCCUGGAUCUGACCCAAGAGGAGCGUUCCAAGGGUAAGACUGUCGAGGUUGGCCGUGCUUUCUUCAAGGUUACCGUUCCCCACCCUGACGGUCCCAUUGAGCGUCAAUUCUCCAUUCUGGACGCCCCUGGUCACAAGUCCUAUGUUCCCCACAUGAUCGGCGGUGCUUCUCAAGCAGACCUCGGUUGUCUGGUCAUCUCCGCCCGUAAGGGUGAGUACGAGACCGGAUUCGAGAAGGGUGGUCAGACUCGUGAGCACGCACUUCUUGCCCGUAACACUGGUGUCUCCAAGCUGGUGCUUGUUGUCAACAAGAUGGACGACCCCACAGUUGAAUGGAGCAAGGAGCGUUUCGACGAAUGUACCAUCAAGGUCAUGAAGUUCCUGGAAGCACUUGGCUACAAGAAGGCAGACAUCUUCUGCAUGCCCAUCUCCGCUCAGCGCACCAUUGGUAUCAAGGACCGUGUUCCCAAGGACAUGUGCCCCUGGUACGAUGGUCCCUCGCUGCUCGAAUUCUUGACUGAUUUCGAGCUUCCCGAGCGCAAGGUUAACGCACCUUUCAUGAUGCCCAUCAGCGCCAAGUACAAGGACAUGGGUACCAUGGCCGAGGGUCGUAUUGAGUCUGGUGUUAUUAAGAAGAACGGAAACUACCUCAUGAUGCCCAACCGCGAGGAAGUCUCCAUCUCUGCCCUCUACGGUGAGACUGAGGAGGAAAUUGCAAUGGCCAAGGUUGGUGACCAGGUUCGCCUGCGCCUCCGUGGUAUCGAGGAAGAAGACUUCUUCCCUGGAUUUGUGCUCUGCUCUCCUAAGCGCCCCGUCCACUGUGUCUCUGCUUUCGAGGCCAAGAUUCGUAUCUUGGACCUGAAGAGCAUUCUUACUGCUGGUUUCAACUGUGUGCUCCACGUUCACUCCGCAGUCGAGGAGGUUACAUUCGCCUCCCUUCUGCACAAGCUCGAGCCCGGCACUGGUCGCAAGAGCAAGCGUCCCCCUCAGUUUGCCAACAAGGGCCAGACCAUCAUUGCCCGUCUCGAGAUUACCAGCACAGCCGGUGCCGUCUGUGUCGAGAAAUUCUCAGACUACGAGCAGCUUGGUCGUUUCACUUUGCGUGACCAGGGUCAAACCAUUGCUAUUGGUAUGAUCACCAAGCUCAUCACCCCUGAGACUGAGGCUGAGUAA